AUGAAACAUAUGGUAAAGAACUUUCUUAACUAUAUGGAACAAGAUAAUGACACAUGGGCGCAAUCGUGUGAUGAUACAGGAUGGUUAGCGGAACGAUACGUAAAAUGGAAUAAUGAUGACGACAAAGUUGUAUGCAAAAUGAUGGUGCCGGCAUUAUUUUUCAUGAAUGGCUGGGGGACGCGUAAAGAUGGGGGAUACGAUGCUUCGGCCGCAAGAACCCCAUUAGACACAUAUAUCAGGUGCAUAAUUGCGAAUGUAAUUAUGUUCCAGUUGAUAAGAGCAAACUGUGGGAGAAAUCAAGGUAUACGACAGGCGUUGCACAUAUUAAAAAACUUGAUGACCAGUGUUCAUAGUGGUGUUAAUGUUAAGACGUGCACCUGGGUGGUCGAGAAUGAACUGAGCAUAGGAGGCAAAGUACUAGGCGCACAAUUUGAUGACUGGAUAAUGGGGAAUGACCACAUGAAGGCCCGGAUGAACAAGUUACAGCAAAAUGCAACAUGCACACGCAGGGUACACAGUGAAGCAUCACGCGCGCCACAGACAUCUGACACCCGGACGCGACGUCUGGAAUUAUUGAAAGAAGGACAAGUGCGGGAGGCAAUGGAGACAGGAAUGACGCGUAUAUUACAGAAAGUAGGGAAGCAAGUAGAGGACAUAUGGGGGCCAGUUCCUUCCGACGACGACGAUGAGGACGACGACGAUGAUGAGGACGUCGACGAUGAAGACGAAGAUGAGGAUGCAGAAGCGCAGGACACGAGUGGUAAGAACAGUACAGGAGCAGAGUUCUAA